UCCACAGUACAUGAAAAAGUCCUUUUUGCUGAAGAUGUGCGCUCUCUGUCCCUCAGGCAUGUAUCCCAUGGACCAGUCAGAAUAUGUGGGCCUUCGCAGCGCCAUUGAGAGGCUGACCCUGAAUGACUCAAGUGUCACAGUGCAGAGAGACAGCAGUCUGGCCCUGGGAGCAGGCUGGAGACUUGGCUUCCUGAAUCUUCUCCAUAUGGAGGUGUUCAAUCAGAGGCUGGAGCAGGAAUACAGUGCCUCCGUUAUAGUAACAGCACCCACCGGCUGUCCUCUUUUCACCCCAACUCAUCAAGGCUAA